AUGCUCAACAUGCUGCCCAAGAUCAAGCUGGCCUUGAUCGGCCUGUUGGUGUCAUGUACUGCGGCCAGACCUACAGUCCCUACCUCAACAACUAUAUCAGCUCCAGAAGUUACAUCAACAGCUAGUCACAGACUAGUAUUUUGUCAUUUCAUGAUAGGAAUAACUAGCAAUCGUGAAAACUCCAGCUCUUACGAUGAAGACAUGAAGCGCGCCAAAUACCUCGGCAUUGACGCAUUUGCCCUAAACAUCGGCACAGAUGACUACACCGACACCCAACUCCAAUUCGCCUACACGUCUGCCUUCCAACACGGCAUGAAAGUUUUCCUUUCCUUCGAUUUCAGUGCAUGGAGCAUAUAUGAUGGCUCGGCUGUUGGCGCCAAGGUUAAACAAUAUGCCAACCAUCCAGCCCAGCUCAAGGUUGAUGGCAAAGUAUUCGUCUCCUCAUUCAUAGGCGAAGGUAUCGAUGUGACCACUAUCACCACCGCAGCCGGACAGAGCAUUUUCUUUGCACCGAAUUUCCAGCCUGGAGCCGGGGAUUUUGGAUCUGUUCAGGGUGCUCUGAAUUGGAUGGCUUGGCCGAAUAACGGUGAUAAUAAGGCGCCGACGACUGGUGAUCUUGUUACUGUUUUUGAUGGUGACAAAUCUUACAUGGAUGCUUUGGAUAGCAAGGCUUAUAUUGCACCUGCGUCGCCAUGGUUCUCUACUCACUAUGGUUCGGAAGUCUCAUACAGUAAGAACUGGGUUUUCCCUUCUGAUUUACUCUGGCAUCGACGCUGGAAUCAGAUUCUUACUUUGAAGCCUCGCUUUGUGGAAAUCAUCACUUGGAACGACUAUGGCGAAUCGCAUUAUAUUGGGCCGCUGUCAUCACCACAUGUCGAUGAUGGGGCAUCUAAGUGGGUAAUGGAUAUGCCCCACGAUGGCUGGCUAGAAAUGUCCAGGCCAUUUGUCGCCGCCUACAAAGCCGGAAGCACUUCAGUACUUCCCUACAUCACAGAAGAGAAACUGGUAUACUGGUACCGGCCCACUCCCCGCGACAUUAACUGCGAUGCAACCGAUACAACCGCAACUGGGAAUGCCAACAACGCGAGCGGAAAUUUCUUCCGGGGGAAGCCAAACGGGUGGGAGACGAUGAAGGACGAGGUCUUCGUCGUCGCUCUACUCCAGAAAGCCGCCAAGGUCCAUGUGAAAUCCGGUAACGAGUCGCGGACAUUCCAGGCUCCGGCGGGGAUUAGUGCAUGGUCAGCGCCCAUGGGGGUGGGUCAGCAAAAGUUCGCGGUGACGCGGAAUAGCAGCGCGGUGCUUUGGGGUACCAGUUUGAAAGAUAUUGUUGAUGAGUGUAUUUGCGGGAUCUACAAUUUCAAUGCUUAUGUGGGGACUCUCCCGGCGGCAAGGACGAUUGAUCGACUCCAACCGGAUGGACUAUCGAUGUUGUCGUUGGGGCUUAAGGUUGCGUGUCCGACAAAUACGCUGGGGCUGGGACCCGGUGGGAUGAGUACUAGCACUUGCAAUGUUGCGGUGUAA